CAGAUCGUUGCUUUAAAUAAUGAUAGAAAUUUCGGCGGACUGCCCUCCGAAUUCGCAGCGUAGCGGUAAAAAUUUUGCCGACGCUUUGUGGCAUCAUUUCACAGAAAAAAAUCGACCCAAGCCAUUUCUAGCUGGCUGGUGGGUGGCAUAUACAGGCACAAAGAAAAAUACUCGGUACUAGAACACCCAAAAUGAUAGUGAUGCCGACUAUUACAGAUCGAAUAUUAGACCCUUUUUAAGCUCAUGAAUUUGUUACUGAAUAUCAGCGACGAGGCAUGUCGCUAUUGAUGAGUCAAGAAAACUUGGCGGGCAUUGCCAAGUGCGGAAACCAAGCGUCAUAUUUUUGAGUCAAAAAUCUUUGAGCGUCCUAUUGCUGAGAGAAAAAUUAUAGUUUAUAAAAAAGGAAGGUUCAAUGCGCUUUCGCCGCAUCGAGCCGAUCAAAAAAAUAUCAUCGCAAGUUUCACUUGGCUCUUACUAAAAAUCUCCUAUCAUGCCCCUAAAUUCUGUUUUAAUUACCGGAGCUGGUCCAGCUGGCCUUACACUUGCGCAGUACCUCAAGACACAUCAUGUCCCAUUCCGUAUCAUCGAGAAAGCAUCCGAAUCUCGUUUGCAGGGAUACUCAGUCACUUUACAUUUUGGUAUUCCCUAUAUUACUCAAGCCAUGGGACAAGAGAAAAUGGACGGUUUCGCCGAAAAGACAUCAGUCCUCUAUACUGAUGUUACUGGAUUUGCCACUGUUACUGCGGAUGGGGAAAUCCUGAUCCAAACACGAGGUACACCUACUAUUGUUGGAACUGGUUUUCGUGCAAAUCGAUCUAGGCUACGACAAUUUCUUUUGGAUGGCUUGGACUUGGAGACAGGCGUAGAAGUGACUGGUGUAGAAUUCCCUAGUGAUGGUGUCGUCAUUGCUAAAUCCAACAAAGGUGACAUUAUGGCUGAUAUCAUUGUCGGAGCUGACGGUCUACACAGUUCGAUCCGCCAGAGUAUCAUUGGUGACAAAGUCGAGGAGCUUACCAUUAUGAAUCUAAGUGGAUCAACACAUAUUACUGCAGAGCAGUAUAAAGCCUUUGCCAAGUACAGCCCAACGCAUGCCAUGGUUCAUGGAACGAAGUUGCCAGGGAAAGAAGGUGUAGCCAACAUAUUCUUCGGCAUCAACGAUUUUUCGAAGGACAACAACACAUACCACAUGCGUUGGGUGAUAUCAUGGGAUAGAGCUUUAAUAUACAAUGAUAUCCCAAAUACGAAUGCUGGACUGCAUGAAUUUGCACAAGAGAUCGCUUCACAAUUCUGCGAACCAUUCAAAUCCAUAGUGCAAGAGACUGAUCCAACAAGUAAAAUUUGGCUGGGCAAAGUGUGCCAGUAUAUGCCCGAUCCGAGCUGGAAUGGAAAUGGUAAAGUUACUUUGAUCGGCGAUGCGCUACACUCUAUGACACCGUACCGCGGGGAAGGUUUAAACCACGCUAUGAUCGAUAUCGUCCAACUUGGAGAACAGUUGGUCAAAGCACAUCAUGAUGAAAUCACUAUAGCUGAAGCCAUUGCUGCCUAUGAAGCUGAAGCCAUUCCUAGAGGAAAGCGAGCAGUACAAGCUAGCUAUGAAUCAGCCUAUCAACUCCAUGAAGGAUUUUCUUGGCUAGUCACUCGAAUUACAAAGUUAUUUGGCUUGACAUUGUAUUAUUCUGGUCACUUACCGUUUCUACGAUUUUUCUUUCCUAAAACCCAUUGAAAUCACACAUACUAUUCAACUAAAUGUAUACCAUUAAUUAAAUUCUAAUGACUUCUCUUACCUUCGAGUCUUUAAUGGAGGAUUAUUUCAGUUUGUGAG